AUGCCGUAUGCAAAUCAACCGUCUGUGCAAAUCAACGAGCUGACUGACGACAAUGUCAAGUUUGUGCUUGAGGAUACCGAACUGAGUGUAGCGAACAGUUUGCGCCGCGUUUUCAUUGCCGAGACACCAACACUGGCCAUCGACUGGGUACAACUUGAGGCCAACUCAACUGUGUUGUCCGACGAGUUCCUCGCUCAUCGCAUUGGCCUCAUUCCCCUCAUAUCCGAUGAUGUGGUCGAGCGGUUGCAGUACACUCGUGAUUGCAUCUGCCUGGACUUUUGCCCAGAGUGCAGUGUGGAAUUUACUCUGGAUGUUAAAUGUAAUGAGGAGCAAACACGUCAUGUAACCACCGCCGAUUUGAAGUCCAGCAAUGCCAAAGUGCUGCCUGUAACGUCACGUAACCAAGGCGAGGAAGACAAUGAGUACGGCGAGAGUACGGACGAAAUUCUCAUUAUAAAACUGCGCAAGGGACAAGAACUUAAGCUGCGCGCUUAUGCUAAAAAGGGCUUUGGCAAGGAGCACGCCAAGUGGAAUCCCACAGCGGGUGUUUGCUUUGAAUACGAUCCCGAUAACUCUAUGCGUCAUACGCUUUUUCCCAAGCCCGAUGAAUGGCCCAAGAGCGAGCACACUGAACUGGAGGAUGAUCAAUUUGAGGCGCCAUAUAAUUGGGAAGCAAAGGCCAACAAGUUCUUUUUCAAUGUGGAGUCAUCAGGAGCAUUGAAACCCGAAAAUAUUGUCAUAAUGGGUGUCCAGGUGCUGAAGAAUAAACUUUCCAAUCUACAGACACAACUCAGUCACGAGUCGCAAAACGAUGCGUUGGCGGUUUAGCAACAGCACAUUAGAAAUGUAUAUUAAGUUCACCAUAGAAAUCACAAGUCUAAUCUUUGAAUAAACUGUCUAUGUUAAUGCCUA